AAUUGUUCCGGCUAUUAUCUCUUUAUUUUUGCCUCAUUAUUAGAAAAAGGAAAACGGAGAUGAUGAUGGUGAUGAUAGGCUCAGCGUGCUCCCGGAUCACAUUCUUGUUGAUAUCAUGCACCUCCUUGACUGGAGAACUAUGAUACGGGCUAGUACACUCUCGACGCGGUGGAAGCCGCUUCCUUAUUUGCUAACAAAUCUUUAUCUUCACGUCGACGACUUCAAACCUCGAACAGGGAUUUUAGUGAUGAGCCAACUCAACAAUCUGAUGAGUCUUUAUACUGAAACAAUAAAGAGAUUGUUGGCUCCUAUGGGUGAACGCGCCAUCAAGGUCUUGCGCCUCCGUUUCUACAUGACAGAUCCUCACUUGAAAUCCAUUGGGUCCAUAGUAACCAGCGUCCUUGAGCGGGGGAGCACCAAGUACCUUGAGUUCAUCAUAGUGACAGAGCUACAUGACGUGCAAUGCAACGAGGACAAUGUCCGAUUUGGACAGCGCUUCAUCAGGUUCUUUAACUCCUAUCCCUACACAUUCAGAUGUCUUAGAAGCCUCUCUAUUCAGAACAUGAGAUUCAACGAGUCCGAUGUGCCAAACCUGCUGAAUGCCUGUGACCAGCUGCAGCGCUUGUGCAUUGAGUCCUGUGACUCUGGCCGGCGAUCCGUUCUGCAGAUUGACGUGCCACGUUCUCGGCUGAUCGAGCUGGUAUUUGAAUUCUGUGGCUAUGUUCGAAUCGAACUUGUCCGGGUCCCUAAACUUGUGGUUACUUAUGACACUUGGAUGCGUGAAAACCCUCCCAUUGUUUUCGGUCACGUCCCAAAACUUCGGAGCAUCAAUUUCGGUUGCGCUUGCAUGAAUUGGCAGCCACCGUUCGUGCUGAGCAACUGGCUGUCAGGCACAAGACUGGAAAUUGUGAGCUUGGACUUCCAUGAUUGGAUGAUUUGGGUUAAACCUGAAGACCCAAAACUGCUCCAACCUAUCUUUAGCAAUCUGAUGGAUUUGUACCUCUCCAACAUCUUCGCUGAAUGUGACCUUGAGUGGACUGUCUAUCUCCUUGAAGCUGCACCCUCUCUGAAGAAUUUCUUCCUCACGGUGUCAAGACAUGUGUGCGGAAGGAAUGACUAUGUGGACAAUGCUGAGAGGGUCAAUGUUGCAUGGGAAGCAUCAUCUGGUUUCAAGCAUUACAAGUUAAAAUUAUUGGACAUAGGAGGCUUCGAGACGGAUUGUAAGAUGAUGAAAUACAUAAGGCUUGUGAUGGGGUGUGCUGCACGGCUGAGGACGAUCUGCUUGCACAAUAAAGAACCAUGUGAUGAUUGUGAUGCGAUGCACCGUGAGGCUCCAUCAGGGUCUAGUUUUCCAGUUGAUGAGGGUGAUAAGAAUCUAAUAAGGGAGCAUCUAACAGAUGGGCUCUCAUCUGCUAUUGAAAUAAUCUUUGAAUGAUAUCAAGGUCAAUAUUGAUGGUCUAGUCAAGUAAGAAUGGUGUGCUAUCUUGAUGCACCCGGAAAUGAUUGGACUGAUAGAGCCUGAUAAUUCCAGAUUCCCCUGUUACCGGAGUGUUGUUAGAAUGCUUGUU